GUACUCGCAGCAUUUGGGUGGCAUGUGGUCUUCCAGGAACCUCGGUCUCUAAGUGGCGUGGGGCUGUGAGGGCACCCCUGGGGCUAGCCCCGGGACCCCACCCAGGAAUCCUGCGGCGGUCAGCAGGGCUUUCCGCUCCUCUUCUCCGCCUCGGGAGGGCGCUGUGGUGCUGGCCGGCCGCGAGCUCGCUGCCAGCGGUCCCCGCGGCCAGGCUCGCUGCCUGCAAGAUGUCCGUGCGCCGGGGCGAGCGGUCCGCGCGGCUCGGGACCCGCCUCUCCUGGCUGCUGUGCUGCAGCGCCCUGCUGUCCCCAGCCGCCGGGUACGUGAUCGUGAGCUCCGUGUCCUGGGCUGUCACCAACGAGGUGGAUGAAGAGCUGGACAGCGCCUCCACCGAGGAAGCGCUGCCCGCGCUGCUGGAGGACUCGAGCAGCAUCUGGCAGCGGAGCUUCCCCGCCUCGGCUCACAAGGAGGACGCGCACUUGCGGCCCGGGGCCGGGGCUGCCCGCGCCAGGCCACCCCCGGCGCCCCCGGGGAUGUUCUCCUACCGGCGGGAAAGCGGCCCUGCUGCCGGGGCGCCCCCUGACCCGAGACUGCGCGCUGGCACCGCCCGCUCCCUGGCCCACGCCAGCGCCUGGGGCUGUCUGGCCACCGUGUCCGCCCACGAGAAGAUCCCAGGACUGCCGUUUGGGAACUGCCUGCCCAUCAGUGAUGGUCCCUUCGACAACAGUACUGGAAUUCCUUUCUUCUAUAUGACAGCCAAGGACCCUGUGGUGGCAGAUCUGAUGAAGAACCCCAUGGCCUCGCUGAUGCUGCCUGAGUCGGAAGGAGAGUUUUGCAGGAAAAACAUCGUGGACCCAGAAGAUUCCCGAUGUGUCCGGUUAACGCUCACUGGCCAGAUGACUUCAGUAUCUCCAGAAGAAGUAGAAUUUGCCAAGCAGGCCAUGUUUUCAAGGCACCCAGGGAUGAGGAAGUGGCCCCGUCAGUAUGAAUGGUUCUUCAUGAAGAUGAGAAUAGAUUAUAUCUGGCUUCAGAAAUGGUAUGGAGGUGUAUCUGACAUUUCAAAGGAGGAAUAUUUCAAAGCGGUUCCUAGAAAGGCCUGAUGCAAUGGAAGGAAGUCCCUGCUGUUUGCAUUACGGUGAAAACCUUUUACGUGACAGCUCUUGAACGCUGUCUCUUUGUUGAAGGCUUCGUGGUGCCCUGUCACCUACAGCAGAACGAGAGGAUGAAGGGGGAGCCUUGUGCGCGACUUGAGACUCAAGGGGUCAUUUGAAGAUCCUCCGCUUUCACAGGUACUUCACAGAGAUGGCCUUCGUUUCCAUUGUGUUAAUCCAGACUCACCUCUUGGUUGUCAAAACGGCACACUGAGACCUUUACUGGUCCAUUCUUUAGGAAAAAAAAAAUUAUGCCUGUGUGUACAAUAUGACUGCUCUGUAUUGUGAGACUGUUUUUGUUGUUUUCUGUGCCAGACGCAGUGUCUUGGAUCAAAGCUUAUUGCAACCACAAAGGGGUUGAAUAUGCACCACACAGCCUCAAAACUGUGUACAGGGUGAGGGUGGAGGACUAUCUGUCUGUGGGUCACUCAUCAUGCUCCUGGAUUGCAAAUACACCAUUGAGUCACAUUGGCUACAUUGUAGCCAAAGUCACUUAUGGUCACUUAUGGACUCCCCCCCCACCCCUAACGUGAUCAGCAAUGUAAGAACGGGCAAAGUCUGCAGCACAGGCCUAUUCUGUAGAAGCAGAUGUUGGUAGAACACUGAAAAGAAUGGGGUAGAUUUGGCCUCAAGCUUCUUAGAUCCCAGCUGCUCACAUUUUUUAUAGAGAAUUCCCCGCUCGCAUGCAUGAGGAAUGGCAUCCAAAAUAAGAAGCACCUCAUGCCAUGGAUUGUAGAGAGGAAAAGGGAGAAGGGUGAGGCUGGGAAGCAAGCAAAGAGGUCAGUAAGUGAGGGUGCUUUCCACAGGUCAUCUCAUUUAAGCCCUACAACCAAUGAGGGUAUGUCCUCAUUGCCACUUCCAGACAAGGAAACUGAGGCUCUGCGUGGCCAAGUCAAUAUUCAAGGUCAGACUCCUGAACUCCCUGCGCAGAAUGGAUGAGUGCUUUUGAUUUUAAGAACAAAGAGUUACUAAAAUGCUUAGUCGCUGAAAAUCCUUAAAGGGAGUAUGAAAGACAGUGACUGAUUUGUCUGGAGAUGAUUUGUCACUGCUUUCAGGAUUUAAAUAAAAAGGGGAGGGGGGGUCUCUGAAAUUUGAGUACACAUCCUGCAUGGACCGAUGUGUACACACCUAAGAUCUCUUACAAUUGAAAUCUAUAAAGUAUCUGGUACAAUCCAAGUUUUCUAUUUUUCUAUAAUAAUUAUGACUCUCUACGGUGGGUUUGGUAUGCUCUAUAACAUAACAACCAUCAUUAUGUAUAGAAAAUUCUUAAAGAAAAUGUUAUUAGUGGUUUUUGCUUUUGCUUUACAAAAUAAGGCAUGAAGGCUUGAGUUGCCAAAAACAUAUUUUAAGUGCCUGUUACUAAAAACAUAGUAACACGCACACGAUUCUUUUUUUGUCAUAAGCCAAUUCUCAAAAGAGUUCCUAGCAAUGGUAAUUUCUAGUACAUAAAAAUAAGAUAUUUUUUUCAGGGUAUUUCAUAUUUUCAGAGUUUAAAGUUACUGCUACCUUAAUUUUAAGGAAAGAUUGGGGAGAGAAACUAGAAGAACAAGCCACGUACUCAAAAGUACUCCAUAAGUUAACCUCAAACCUUAAUUCUUGGGAUAUCACUCUCUCCCUGUCCUGUCUUGAGAUAAUAUAUCUACGUUAGAUUUGCUUUGAUAUUCAGUUCCAUUUGGCUCCUUCAGGGUCCCUGAUGCUUCAGAGGGUUUUGCAGAAUGGGUUCCAUUUAUAACCACGGGUCAAGGUUGUCAGGUAUUUGUCCAAAUUGCACAAAACAAAAUCUGAACAAUCAGAAUAAUCUUGAAAAUUCACAAGUUUGAGUUGGAUGGGCUCCAUUCAGGGAAUUGUGUUUCAGAAAAAUCUCAAAAAAUGUAUGCUGAUUAAAAAUUUUAAGACUAUAUUGGGGAGCUGAAGGUAGUUCAGUGAAGAGUGCUUGCCUAGUACAUGUGAAGUCCUGGGUUCAAUCUCCAGCAGUGAAAAGGAAAAAAAAGACUAUAAUGGAAGUUUUAGACAUAGUAAGGCAAGGAAAACAAAAUAAAAUGAAUAUGGAUUGGUUAAAAAAAUUAAAAGUAUUCCUAUUUACAGAUGACAUGAUUGUUUACAUAGAAAUUUUAAAUGAUCAACUUCUUAAAUAAUAAUAAUAAUAAAAAAACCACCUGGGACUAGUGAGUGAAGUAAGGUCCCAGGAACAAGAUCAGCACAUGAACAUGUGGAAAUCAAAACUAGAAUCACAAUACCACUUACUGCCACUUCAAAGAAAAUUAAAUCAUACUUGGUGUAAACUUAACAAAACAUGUACAGAAUUUGAAUGCUGAAAGAAAUCAAUGACUUAAAUAAAUGAAGUGUCUUGGAUCAAAGCUUAUUGCAACCACAAAGGGGUUGAAUAUGCACCACACAGCCUCAAAACUGUGUACAGGGUGAGGGUGGAGGACUAUCUGUCUGUGGGUCAGGCAUAUAUAUAUAUAUAGCUUCAUGGAUUUGAAGACACAAAAUAGUAGAGAUGCCAACUCUCCCAAACUGAUCUCUUGGUUGAAUGUAAUUAUUAUCAAAACCCCCGAAAGGUUUUUGUAGACAUAGGCAGACUUUUUCUAAAAGUUUUCAGGCUUUGAGAUAGCUGAAACCAUCUUGUAAAAGAACAAAGUAGGAUAAAUCACUCUAUGCAAUGGAAAAAUUUAUUACAUAGCAAUAGUACUUAAGAUGGUGUGUGAUUGGUAGAGGCUUAAACACAUAGGUGAAUAGAACAGAACAGUGAAUCUAGAAAUAGUCCCACACAAAUAUGCUGAACUAAUUUUUAAUAAAGAUACAGAAUUAAUUCAACAUGAGGAGGAUAAUCUUUUGAAUAAAUAUACCGGAGCAACAGGAAAUCCAUGAGAAAACAAAAUGAACCUUGGACUAAAUUUCAUACCUUCUACAAAAAUUAACUCAAAAGAGAUGGUAUCUGUAACUAUAAAAUGUGAAACUAUAAAACUAUAGAAAGAAAUAUAAAGUCUUUUGAAUCAAUGGCUAAGCAAAGGGUUUUUUGACCUGACACCAAAAUCUACAAAAGGAAAAUUUGAUAAAUUAGACCUUAUCAAAAUUUAAAAGAUUUGUUCUGAAAAAGACCAUGUUAAGAAGACGGAAGGCAGGCUAUAUACUGAGAGCAAAUAUCUGCAAACCACAUAUCUGACAAAAGACUAGUAUCUAGAAUACGUAAAGAACUCUCAAAACCCAAGAGCUUCAAAACUCCAAUUAGAAAAAGAUUAUGAUGGACCAUUUCACUGCAGAGGAUCUACAAAUGGCAAAUAAACACAUGAAAUGAUAUUCAACAUCAUUAGUCAUUAGGGAACAACAAACUAAAACCACAAUGAGGUAUCACUACGCACCUACCAAGUCUGCCAAAAUAAAAGGUAAUGAGAACAUCAAACGUUGGCAAGCAUACCUGCCAGGAAACUGGAUCAGUCAUCCACUGCUGCUGGGAAUGGAAAAUAGAAUAACCACUCUGGGAAACCAUGUGGCUGUUUCCUGACUAGAUGUGUAAUGGCCAUGCCAACCAGCAAUUGCACACUGAGGCAUUUAUGCCAGAGAAAUGAAUACUUAUUUUCAUAGAAUAACUUGCACAUGGAUUAUUCAUAAUAUUAAAGAACUGGAAAUAACCAGCUGUCAUUUAAUCUGGUGGCUGUUAAAACAAAUUGUGAUACAUCCAUUGCAUGGAAAACUAUUCAACAGUAAAAAGGAGCUAAUUACCAAAACAGGCAGCAACUGGGAUGAAUCUCCAGAGAAUUACGCUGAAAGAGAAAAGCCAAUCUUAACAGUUUAUAUAUACUAUGUGAUUCCAUUCGUGGAACAUUUUGAAGUGCAAAAUUAUAGGAAUGAAGGCUAGAUUAGGGGUUGCCAGGGAGGAAGGUAGAGAACAACAGAGGUGGUUGUCACUGUGCAUAGUUAACACAAAAGAACCUGUGGUGAUGGAAAUGCUCAGUAUCUUGACCAAAUCCUGGUUUCGAAAUCGUACUAUCGUUUAGAAAGAUAUUACCUUCGAGGGAAACUGGGUUAAAAGCUUCAGAGCAAUUUUUGAUAUUAUUUCUUAAAACUGCAUUUAAUCUCUAAAUACCUACAACUAUCUCAGAAACUACCGUUAUCUCAGAGGGAAAGGUUUAAUAUAAACAGGACUCAAACUUUCACUUAAACAAGGCAUUGUAUUCUUUCUCUUGUUGGUCCCCAACACAACAAGGAACUGAGCUAGAGCCAAAAUCUAGCAGAAAGGGGACAACAUUUCUUCUCUUUAACCAGAAAUAUGUAUAUGGAAGAGAUGGAAGCCUUCUUUAAUAGUUUUCUAAAUGUAUUCAAUUCCAACAGUGGCUGGGGUAUAGCUCAGUGGUAGGGUGCAUACCUAACAUUCUCCAAGCAGUGGAUCAACCCCCAGCUCUGCAUAAAGGGAAUUGGACAAAUCUGUGUAUAGAUUUUAGGUGGGAUACUAAGGAGGGGAAGAUGUCUUCAAGUUUUUGGCAUGAACACAUUGAGUAAGCUCUGAGUGUAUUUAUGUACCCACAACUGUAUAUAAUGAUUCUCCACUGAUGUUUAUAUAAAUAACUAUAUUUCCAGUGAUCUUCCUCUACCUAUUCUGGGAAGGAAUUCUUUUGUUUCUGUGAAAAAGUGAAGUAGAUUACAGCCAGAUCCCCAUGUUUUUCUUUACAGCGGCUGGACAGAGUCAUGAUGCUGAUGUAUAGUAUAAUUCUGCUGUUUCUUGUUUCAGUAUCCCUUGUCUACCCUGACUCUGUAGCAGAGUUGUUUGGGAGUUGAAAGUGUGUUUCUACAAUUUCCCUAAAGCAUCUGUAUUUCAUCUUUAAUAACUGAACUGAAUCAAAUACUGUUUGGAAAAUAAAACUGCCCUGGAAUAUUUUAUUGAUGUUUCUUUGAUUGCUAUAGCAGUGAUUAUGGAAAAUUUGAAUUGUAAUGAAGCUAUGAUUUGUCUGUGCCAUGUAAUGCAUGUGGACUGUAAAAUGUUUCCAAAACUAGAUGUGUCUGUGUCACCAAAGACUAUUUCCUGAUGUGGUUUCUGUGCUUGGUUAAAUGAAAUUAUGAUAUUUA